AUGGAAUUAGUUCACAAGUAAUUGAAGGAAAUAUUGUUAAAUGAAGAUAGAUCCUUAAUAAUAAAAAAUAGUAUUUUAGAUCUCACUUUAUCAUCUUUUUUUGUCUAUUAAAGAUAAAAAAAGGAUUUUUUAAUAACUAUUUCUGGAUCUGUUUACACUGAAUAAUAUAUUAUUCAAAAAAUUGUUUUUGAAAAUAAUUAAGCAUCAUUUUAUUAAAUAAAGCAAGUUCCUCUUUAUAAUUAUGCUGUAUUUUAUAGCUUGAAUAUAAAUUCGAUUAUAGAAUACAAUUAAAUAGAUUGCAUCUUAAAAAUUUCAAUUUUAGACUCAAAUUCAGAAUAAAUUAUUAAACAGUUCAACAUAACUUCACAGGAAUUAAAUUAGAUUAAUAUCUUUGAAAACUAAUGGGAUAAUAGCACAUAUAUUUUUUAUAUUUAAAAUAAACUAAUAUAAUUCAUUAAUAUGACAGAUUAUUUAAGAAUAAUAGCAUAAGAUGGAGAAAUAUAAAUCAAAAUUGAACAAUUAGCGAAAACAGUUGAUACUCCUUUUAUUACUGAGUUAUCAACUUUGACAACUGUAAUAUUUUACUAGAACAAUAUAUUAGACAUAUUCAUAUAGUACAUUUUAAAUAAAAUAUUUUUAUAAUAAUUAAUACCAAAAAUUAUAUUAUGUAAAUAAUUUGAUGGUUAAUUAAAACUAAUUAAUGUUUAGCAUUGA